UGCCGGCCGGCAUUACAUUCGUGGAAAUUCUCGUGUAAGAAGUGGACACGACACACACACGGUCGUUGUUGAGUCGGAACGAGUUGGAACGAGUUGGAACGAAAGGCAUCCAUCCAUCCAAUAGAGACUGAUGAGAAAGAAAGAACAAUAGGUCUGCUAUUGAGAAGAACGAAAACGAUUCCGAAAAUUGUACACUCACAAUCAGUCGAUUUUCCAAUUCAACUCCUUUACGGACAAAAAGAUUCGAGCUUUCCGUAGUUUAUUUACAUUUACUUUGACCCGUGACGUUGCACGCACGCACGCACACACUCUCGACCGUUCCAAUUCCCUUCUCUAUUUUUCUCUCUUUUUCCGUCAACCAUUUCAAAUUCUUCGGGUCGAAAUAUUUCUUUCCGAAAUUUUGAGAAAGCAGGAAGGUGGCGCGUUGUUUGAUCUAACAAAAGAGAAGUUCAAAUCGACAAAACGAGCGGGACCAAGUUAUACUCGGAUCUCAACUACGCGGAUCUAAAUUUCCAAUUCAUCUAUAGUCCUUAUCAUCCGCGAUGGGUUCCAAGAACGAAUGGGACUACUCGACUCGAAACGGACCCAGCACGUGGGUGGAGAAAUUCCCAAUGGCAGCGGGUUCGAGACAGAGCCCGGUGAAUAUAGAAACCGAUCGGGUAGAAUCCGACCACGAGGCUUUAAGUAGCAAACCUCUUCGUUGGAAAUAUCCUGCCACAGCUUCCCGAAAAUUGGUCAAUCCAGGAUAUUGUUGGAGAGUCGAUACCGAUGGUGAUGGCACUCUUUUAAGCGGUGGACCUCUAAUGGAUGACAUUUACAAGCUUGAACAAUAUCAUUGUCAUUGGGGAUGCAGCGACUCGAGAGGUUCCGAACAUACUGUAGAUGGUCAGGCUUUUGCUGGCGAGCUCCAUUUGGUUCAUUGGAACACAAGCAAGUACAAGACAUUUGCGGAAGCUGCAAAAGCAUCGGACGGUCUUGCGGUGUUGGGUGUCUUUCUCAAGGUUGGCAAAACCCACGAGGAGAUGGAUAAGAUCGCUCGUUUAUUGCCAUACGUUUCUCAUAAGGACGAAAUUGUUGAAAUAGCAGAACUCAUUGAUCCCAGCAAGUUACUUCCCGUGCGCGGCGGUGGACGAGCCAACACGCAGAGAUGCGCUAAUCCGUGUAUGCGUUGGGCCGACCGAAUCAUACGUCACGAGAACAAAUUGGAUUUUCAAGACGACAACGGUUAUUGGACAUAUUUGGGAUCGUUGACAACUCCACCGUUCAACGAGAGCGUCACUUGGAUUCUCUUCAAAAAGUACAUCGAAGUGUCUCAUCACCAGCUCAACAUCUUUCGUAAUUUACGAAAAUUUCCUCGUGGAGAGGAAUGUCCUUGUCAUGAGAAUCACGGAGUAGUGAUCAACAAUUUCCGUCCGCCACUGCCGUUAGGAAAUCGCGUGUUAAGAGAAUGCGGCAGCCUUUAAACUUCUCUCGGUCCUCUCGUCUAACGAAAAUGUUUCUUGUCGAUCGUUAGAAGAAUAACACAAGGGUGACGCAAGGGUGACGCAAGGGUGACGCAAGGAUCAUUGCAAGGAUUCCAACUACCAACGAUCAUAAUCGAUGUUAAAGUUUGAAAUCGAUAAUACGGAACUUUCUUUCGUAAUCUAUUUACGUAAAAACGUGCCUUGUUGUGUUCCUCAAAAAUGAGUCAUCUUUGAUCUCUGCAGGAAGCAAAAAUGUACCUCUAUAAAAAUGAACAAAUAUUCUUAAAUAAGAGGAAAAAGAGAGAGCGAUAGAGAUGAAAUGAGAUGAGAGAAAAUAUACGAGUCUAUUAAGUCAAAGUUUCAAUAUAUGAAUUCUUUUUUAUAACUGUUAAAUAUUGAAUACUUUAUAAUAUUUUAAGAUUUUUAUUUAGAUAUAUUAGAUAUUUAAUAGGUAGUAAAUUGGAAAUUGUUUUAAUCGCACUUUUGGGUAUAUAUUGUGUAUAGUAUAGUAUGUCAAUGGCACGAUGCUUCUUUUGUGUAUAGUCAGUGCUAAAGAAAUAAUAUUAUAUUUAGAUUAAAUCAAUGAGAGAAAAACUCGUGAUAAAUUAUUGUUCUCUUCUUCAGGUGCAAUUAAUAUUAUUUUAUUAAUAUUAUUUCAUUAAUAUCAUUGCGCGUGCAUAUAUAUUUUAUCAAUAAUGAAUAUAUGACAAUCUUUGUGUUUGCGAGAUAGAAAGAAUAUAGUUUAUGUAACUCUAUUUGUGAAGUCUUCGAUCAUAGGUUUGGCCUCGUCAUUUUUCUUUUCCAUUGUCAAUAAUCUUUAUAACGUUUCAUUCGAUGUAAUUGUUUUUAUUUUUAAUCAAAUUUAUUCUGCAUUUUUUCUUACCUUAUUGUAAGUGUUAUUUCGUUAAUUGCAACUCAAUAAUUUUAUUUGUACUAAGGUUCAUUACGUAAUGGAAAUUAUAAUGAAAAUAGUAAGGACAGCUAAAGAAAUUAUUGGUUCGAUCUUCUUUAUUAAAAAAACCAGAAAAUAAAAAAAGAAAGGAAAAGAAAAUGUUCCUUUUAUUGCAACACAUUGUUUAUUAAUUCUUGUUAAAUGUUAAUGACGACUGGUACGACAUUUUAUAGAAAUAGUUCUAGUCUAUUUACAUAAUAUGUAUGGAUGUAUGGAAUGCGAUGGAAUACUCGGUCGAUGUUAAUGGAUAUAGAAAUGAAAAAAUAACUUCGCAUGAUUAAACUAAUGAAAAUUGAGUAAUUUAAAAAUUGAGUUAAUUUAA